AUGAAUAUUAAAAGGAUUUUACCCAGAGUAUAUGGAUUACUUGUAACAAAUAUUAACACAAAUACUCCUGUAUCCUGUACCACAUUAAGGUUCCAGCACAGUAAAAAUGAUAUAAGUGAACACAGAGCUAAAAUUUUGGCUCGGGGGCUUCCUGAAAAGAAACCAUUACCUGGAGUAAAGAGUAUAAUCCUUGUUGCAUCUGGAAAAGGUGGUGUUGGGAAAACAACUACUGCUGUGAAUCUCGCAUGUGCUAUGAAAGUAAUAGAACCUGAUAAGGAAAUAGGUCUAUUAGAUGCAGAUGUGUUUGGUCCUUCAGUACCACUUAUGAUGAACAUUAGCGGAGAACCUAUGCUUAAUGAUGAUAAUCUCAUUGAACCUCUACUUAACUAUGGUGUAAAAUGCAUGUCAAUGGGUCUGCUAGUGUCUGGUGAGAAUGCUGUAGUAUGGCGAGGACUGAUGGUGAUGCAGGCACUGGACCGACUGACGAGGCACGUGGCGUGGGGACCGCUCGACUGUCUGAUAGUGGACACUCCACCCGGCACGGGGGAUACGCAUCUCUCCUUAGCUCAGAAUCUGCCCAUUGAUGGUGCGAUAGUAGUAACAACACCUCAAUCGGCCGCUUUGCAAGUCACCAAGCGGGGCGUCAAUAUGUUUGAGAAACUGAAGGUCCCUAUCAUUGGGCUGGUCGAAAAUAUGUCGCACGCGAUAUGUCAAAAGUGCGGUACAAAGAACUAUAUAUUUGGUAACGAAACAAAGAAGGCCGCUAAGGAAAUGGGUCUUGAGAUUAUAGAAAGCUUUGAGGUCGAUUCAAAUAUGUCGGAAUGUAUAAAUAGCGGUAAACCAGCAAUAUACGCACUUCCAGAUAGUGUCCACGCAGAGAAGUACCGGCAUCUGGCCAACAAGGUGUUCAAGUAUAUAUCGGAUAAAGACAAGCAGGAAGCGGAGGCCGAUAAGCAG